ACUAGCGUGUUGGCGUCUUCUUUUCCCAGGCCGAUGCCUGCAAAGCUGUGUAAAGUCAUGCCACCGAUGUUGCAGGCGGCCAGGCCCGUCGAGGCGGUGACGGCCACCCGCUCCGGGUCUCUGGCAUACUUCUUCUUGAGAUCUUGGAUAAUUGCUCGCAUCAACACGGACUUGCCCGUACCAGCGGGACCAGUGAAGAAGACACUCUGCCCCUUCUCGACGACGAGACUCUUGACGUGUCGCUGCUCG